UGUCUGCCGCUUACCUGGCUUUAUUAAUAAACCAAGCGGUUCACGUGGUCAGCCCAGCCCAGCGCAAUAUUCUGCUACAUUAGCAAGGUAUUUUCGACCGGGGGAUUUUUUUUCUCCUCUCAUCCGAGACGGGAGGGAUGGUGAUGAUGAUGAUGAUGAUGAUGCUGCUGUGAGGGAGAGAGGUGAGCGCAGUUGGAAAAGCAUUUUUUUCCUCUCUCCUCCAAAGCUCCUCCUCUGUCGUCGGAGAGCGGAGACCGGUCACAUUUUGCUCAAUGAGAGCAAGAGGGCACCGGAGAGGAUUUCCUAAUUUCAACCUGCUGCUGAGCCGUGCGGCUGUUCUCGCCUCUGUCAAAGAGGCUAAUAUGAAGACAUCAUUUGGCAAACCAGACCCUGGAAAGCACCUAAAAUCUUUUCAACUCAUUUGAAACUGAAGACAACACUAUGUAUUGUCUCCGGUAAAACCUGCUCCCCACUCUCCCCUCUUCCUACCCAGCCAUUGAGAGUGAGGACACCACGAGCUGCACAGACAUGGGGUCAGAUCAACCCUGCAUGGAUUCAUUGGAGAGAAGACCCAUGUUGGGCGCUGCCUGUAAGCGGCAGGCCCACCGGUGUCUGCGGAAAAAGUUGAGACCAGUGCGAAUCUUAGGGUUCGUCCUCAGCCUGGUGGCCGUAAGUGCUGUCUCCCUCAGUGCCUUGACCUGGAGCUCAGGAGGGUUCAGCGAGCCAGCGCUCCCCCAGGAGAGUCUCCACCAGUCGGCCCCCCACAGGACUCUACUUUUCACUCAACAUCAGAGGGACCCCAACGUGUCAGCCGACAUGCCAAUAGCCAUGAAAUCGACAGCAGAUAACAACGAGAGCCAGGGAGAGUACCCGCCAGACAUUUUCACCCUUGCAGAGAGGCGCCAAGGAGCAGUGGUGCUCCACAUGUUUGGCAUGAUCUACAUGUUCAUUGCCUUAGCCAUAGUGUGCGACGAGUUCUUCGUCCCAGCGCUGACAGUCAUCACAGAGAAGCUGACUAUUUCGGAUGACGUAGCAGGUGCCACCUUCAUGGCGGCAGGCGGCUCAGCCCCAGAACUCUUCACCUCCAUCAUCGGCGUCUUCAUCUCACACAGCAACGUUGGCAUUGGGACCAUCGUGGGCUCGGCCGUCUUCAACAUCCUCUUUGUGAUUGGGAUGUGUGCCAUCUUCUCCAAGGAGAUCCUAAACCUGACAUGGUGGCCGCUCUUCCGUGACGUCUCCUUCUACAUCCUGGAUCUGAUCAUGCUCAUCAUCUUCUUCCUGGAUAACAUCAUCUCCAUUUGGGAAAGUGUAACACUUCUCUCUGCCUACGCCGCCUACGUGAUAUUCAUGAAAUUCAAUGGGAAUGUUGAGAGCUUCGUCAAAAAUUGCAUGAACAAGAACCAAGUGGUAGAAGUAGAAGUACAGCCCAAGGAUGAGAAGGCAAGUCCUGGGGCGCCGGAGGAUGACGGCAAGUUGUCGGCCCGGCCCCGGCUUCAGAGAGGGGGUAGUUCAGCCUCCCUGCACAACAGCUUGAUGAGGAACAGCAUUUUCCAGCUGAUGAUUCACACGUUGGACCCUUUAAGUGAAGAAUUUGCUGACUCUGAGCUUGGGACUUAUGGGAAACUAAAAUAUUAUCACACAAUGACUGAGGAAGGGAAAUUUCGAGAAAAGGCAUCCAUCCUUCACAAGAUCGCUAAAAAGAAAUGUCAAGUGGAGGACAGUGAAAAGGCCAACGGAGUAGCGAGCCGUUCAGAUAAGAACCUUCCAAACAGCUCCAGCGUGGAAGUGGAAGUGACACCACCCAUGAACGGAACAGCAGGUCAAGAGGGGGAGACGGCGGAGGAUGAGGAGGAGGAGGACCAGCCUCUGAGCCUGUCCUGGCCCGAGACCGCCCGCAAGCGCCUCACCUACCUCUUAAUCAUACCUAUUGUCCUCCCCCUAUGGCUUACGCUGCCUGACGUCAGGAAGCAGACGUCAAAGAAGUUCUUCCCCGUCACCUUCCUGGGUGCCAUUGCUUGGAUUGCAGGCUUCUCCUACCUGAUGGUGUGGUGGGCUCACCAGGUUGGAGAGACUAUUGGGAUUACAGAGGAGAUUAUGGGCCUGACUAUAUUAGCAGCUGGAACCUCCAUCCCUGACCUCAUCACCAGUGUUAUUGUGGCACGCAAGGGGCUGGGUGAUAUGGCUGUAUCCAGCUCCGUAGGCUCCAACAUCUUCGACAUUACUGUUGGACUGCCGUUCCCCUGGCUCAUGUGGUCUUUUUUCAACGGCAUGAAACCGGUGCAAGUCAGCUCCAACGGCCUCUUCUGUGCCAUCGUGCUACUCUUCAUCAUGCUCCUCUUCGUCAUCAUCUCCAUCGCCGCCUGCAAGUGGCGCAUGAGCAAGCUGCUCGGCUUCAUCAUGUUCAUGCUGUAUUUCGUCUUCCUGGUGGUCAGCGUCAUGCUGGAGGACAAGGUCAUUACCUGUCCGGUGUCCGUCUGAGGACCUUCAAGGACCCACUUCCUCUCCCUCGUCACCACCACGACCACCACCAACACAACCAUCCUUCUUGUCUGCCAUCGCUCUGACCUGACCCUUGUGAUCCUUUACCCCAGGAAUAAAAGAAGAAGAAGGAGGAGGACUGGACAAGAAAAAUAUAUAAAAAUAUGAAAACAUAAGGAAACUACUGACAUUUUCAGUAAGCAGGUGGUGGCGGGGAGGGGUUAAGCACAAGACUUUGGCUUGGCUGGUUUAGCAUAGGCCUAACCUGAGUGGAUUUUUAUUUAUUAUUAUUAUUUAAUUGGCAGGUGGCCAGGGGGGGGUUAUGGGUGUAUCAGCCAAAUAUAGAAGCAUUAUGCAUGCCAUUAGUGUCACUAGACAAGCUGGAAUCAAGACCACGCCUGGUAGGUUGAGGAGAGUGACCUCCUGUGAAAAAACAAGAGAUGCGCUGUAUAAAACUCUUCAUAAUAAAUGCAGUGGCUGAGCUGACAUUGUGAGCAUAUUUGAACACACACUAGUUCAAGACGCUGUCGCCAAGAGUUAAUAUGAGCUUGCAGAUGAGGAAAUGGCAGACUGUGUGGGUGAAUCGUGUUUCCCGUCUGAUGGUAUUGAGCGAAAAGACUCCUGUGGGUUUUGCACCUGAGCGACAAGGGAUGAAACACUCUUGCUGGGCAGACGGACUUCUUAUUUCUUAUUUCUUUUUUGCAAAUUCAUCACAAGCUUCCCCUCCCACCUGCCGGAUGUAAUUCUUCACCACUGAAUGUCUCUUCAGAGGAUUCUUUUUUUUUUUUUUUUGGAUUCAUUUUCAUGAAAUAGAUAGAAGUAGCAUUAGAUGUACUGUAGCAGUAUUAGUUCAUGUAGAGCCAUCUCGACAAUCUGCUCCUCUUUUGUUCCUUUGCCACUGAACACACGUUCUGAUUGUACAGAAUUGUUCAUGCUUCACACGCACCGAAUGACAAAGACGAAGAAGAAAAAAACCCUUAUUGAAGUUUAGCCUCUCAAAAUAUAUGCUAGCCUUCAAUAUCUUUCACUGGUUGAAAAAAAAAAGGCAUGAGUACUUUAGGCUCAUUAAAGUUCCAUAAUGAAGUCAAUGUCAAAAUAAUACAUUUGAAAAAAAAAAAAGUUAACAGUGUUUAAGCGUCAUGGUUGAUUUAGAUUAGUCAAUGUGUAGUGCUUUGUUCACAGUAGAACUGGGCUCAACUCACCGGCUAGUCAAGCUCCUGGGGUAGUAGUUUCAAGGAGUCAACUGCAUGUAAAAAUAGACACAUGGAGGUCAAUAAUACCAAUCAACAUUUAAGAAGUUGUAUACCAAAAUGUAUACUUUUACAAACAUGUUUCAUAACUUCUUAAUGCAAACCAGUGCUCAGUCUCUAUGUAGAAAGUGUCAACAUGUAUGGUCAACGAUAUCUAUCGAACUUGUGCAAUUUCUUUUCUAAUCAAAGGUGCUUUUGUGUGCAUGUGUGCAAUCUGCAUUUGAAGUCAUCACACAAUGACCAUUCCUUAUAUUUAUCUAUGACUAGAGGUUAUACUACCAGUAUUUUGCAACUAACUGCAGAAAGAAAAUGUACACCAAACUGUGUUUUGUACUGGAAAUAGAAAUCAUAAUCACAAUCUCUCCUUAAGCUACAUAGAAUGUGGAAAUCACAAAUUUAACAGCAAUAUACCGUGUGUGUCGUCGUUGAGAAUCGCAUCCCCUCAUGCGUCUGUCCCUCGCUGUCCUUCCUGUCCAACGUGGACCCACACCCCGACAAGAAAAAAGUGGGCAACCAUUUCUCCUAAAACUGACCACUUUCCUGUAAGAGCUGGCCAGAAACACCCGCUUUACCUCAACACAGCCUCUGUACAGCAGCGUAGUAACUGUAAAAUAAUAGUAAAUAGAUUCUCUGAAUGUGUGAGGAAAAAUGCAUGCAAGGAAUUUGGGCUGGUUACCCACUGACUGUACAGCUGAGCUUAGACCAACUAUAUAUGUUCACUUUUAUGCAUCCAUUCAGAAAGAAACACCAAGAACUUAUUGGUUUUACUUUGUAAAUAUACACUCCUGUUUUUUUUUUGUUUUUUUUGCAAGAACCAAAUGGUUCACACACGUGUUUUAUUUAUUUCCUUCUUUUUUUUUGUAUUAGUGAAUGGAAAAUGAGAAUGAUGUGCUGGGGGCCCUUAGGCAUCAUAGUAUUAUUGAGCAAAAAACAACAACUCAAGAGCGUUUAUUUUAAGAUUACUCAGCAUCUCAUUAGCAUACUUUACACUGUAAACACGCCUGUUCAGGUUCUAGUAAGAAAACGAAGGCUUUAAAUGCCACAUUGCUUCCUUGAAUUCAGCAACAGUAGGAGUAAGUGAUGCUGCCACUAUGUUUUCUGACGUUUGGCAGAGAUUGCAAAUGCACAUUAAAGGAAAACUAUGAUCCCUGCAUCAACCAAACUCAUAUGUUAAACGGUAUGUGUGCUCUCAUAUCUCCCUGAACAUUUCCACAAUCCAGAUACAAAGAGCCAAUUUAAGGCCUUUAUGAUGAAUCACAGACUUUGUCAUCAUGCCCUCAGAGCACCCACGCGGUCUCAUUAACUCGAUCACACCUCACCUCUAGUUUCUACUCGCCCCUCUGUUUCAAAGAAUAGUUUGAGCAAAUGCACUUUUUCUUUCUUGCCAAGAGGAGGAGAAAAGAUGGACACUAUUUAUACAUCAGUGCGGCGAAUAUGGAGCUAGAAACACCUGCGUACUUUAGCCGAGUACAGAAACUAGAAGCUAGCUAAGCUGGCUCUGUGUAAAGGUAACAUAAUCUGCCAAUGAGAACAUCUUAAACUCACGCAGUAACACAUUAUAUCUUGUUUGUUUAAUCUAUUAAAAAGAAUAUUGUAAAAAUGACACGUGGGUUUACAUGGGGUUAUGUGCAGUCCUUGAAAGCCAAGCUAGCUGUUGUGCUAAGUUAAGCUAACUGUUAGCUUCAUAUUUAACGGACAGACAUGAGUGUCUUCUUGUCCAACUCUUGGCAAGAGAAUAAAAAUCCAUAUUUCCCAAUAGCAACUAUUGCUUUCUUUCUCCAAAGAUCCCAUGUGGUGUUUUUAUGUGAGAGCACGAAUGAUGAGAAUAAAAACAAAAAUAAAAAAAGAUCAAAAGGCAAACCAGUUUAGCAUGUGAGCUUGGCAUUGGUUGUGCUCUACCAGGGUAAGCAACAGUGAAAGUUAACCACUAAUGAACAUUCUUGCACUGUAAAUGUUUUAUUUUCUUGGUGUUAAUGUAAGAUUUAUUUAAGGUGUACAUAUAUACA